AUGAAUGACUUCUUGCUCCAGCUAUCUGAAGUAACAGACCCGCUACAAAUUUCGUCAUUAAAUUUAUCGUCUAACUCCCCCCCCCCCCUCCGUGAGCGAACAAAAAAAUUUUGUUCGCUCACGGAGGGGGGUUAAUUUUUUUUUUUUAAAAAAAAUUUAUAUAUAAAUUUUAUAAAAAAUAUUUUUUUCGAAAUUUAAAAAAAAUCCUAAUUUGCAAAAAUUGGGAAGCAAAUAUUAAUUUAAUUUGCAAAAUUUAUGUUUUAAAAACGCAAUUUGUUUAAAAUUAAACAGAAUUAGCUCUAGAUUUCAUUAUACUAAUUAUCACUUAUAUAUCAAAAUUUUUUUCCAUUAAAAUUUUUUCUAUUAAAAAAAUUUUUGUUCACUCACGGAGGGUGGGUUUUUGGUCAAAAAAUGGCGAUUUUUCUAAUGGUUUUGUUCGCUCACGGAGGGGGGGGGGGGGUAAGCAAAUCUCUUCAUUUUCAGCUCUAAAGCGCUUUGAAAAACUUGUAAAAUCCAUAUAGGUAGAUUUGGAUAUAUCUAAAUUACAAAUAAUUACACUCCCAUCUGAGCUUUUAAAUCUGGACUCUCUCAGCUCUCUUAAAUGCACCUACAACCCUUUAAAAGAGACUUGGCCUUUGCCUUUAAAUUUAUUGAUCUUAGAUUUAUCAAAUAAUGACUUAAGCAGACUCUCUUUUGGAAGAAUGCCAUGGCUUGAAACAUUAAUUAUCUCAAAUAACCGAAUUAUUGAUAUCAGUGCUUUAUCUCAAUUGCCUUCUCUCAAAUACUGUUACGCAUCUUCAAAUUGCAUAGAAUCUCUCCAUUCUUUAUCAUCAUUAAGUAUCAUAGAACUCGACAUUUCCGAAAACAACCUGAAAUCCUCAGAAUCAUUAAGACCUAUAAUGCAUUCAAUUUGUGCAGUUUUUAUAUUUGGAAACCCCUUUUAUAAGUAAAAAUCUAAAUAGGCCCCGAUUUCCGGUUCCUCCAAUUUUUAAUGAGUUUAAAAGUAAUGGAAAAGGACUGUUUUUUAGAAACGUUGAAAAUAUGCAGAAAUCAAGCCUAAUUCAAAAGAAAAAUAAAAAUAAUAACAAAGAAGAGGAAUGAAGAAGAGCCAAACGAGAAUUAGAAGAAGUCAAAGAAUUCAAUAAUAUUUUAUUCCAAAAGGUGAAAGAUUUAGAAAAAAUUUGUGUGGAAAAUCCGAAUGCGAGCAGAAAAGAAAUUGAAGAGCUGAAGGAGAGGCAAAGAGAAAUAGAAAAUAUGGCUUAUGAAGAUUGAAGAAGUGGGUUAGAACGGUAUAAUAAUGCAAGAUAUGAGAUGAAAAAUGAGUUAAAGACGGUGAAAACGAUAAUGCCUUAUGAAAUGAUUAGCAAAUUAGAAAUUAUGAAUACAAGUGCUGAAUAUUAUUUGAGAGGGCAGGAAUUUUUAAAUUCAAGAUUCAAAAAUAUUCUAAAUUCAUUGCAGUAA